AUGAAGACAGAAAUUGUCAAUACAAAUAUGAUUGCAUAGAUGUUACAUGAGGAGUGAGCGUGAGCAAAACCUUAACAGAGGGGUGAGGUGGAUGUGGUAUACUUGGACAGAGGGGUGGCUGUGGACGUGGGUACACUUGGACAGAGGGGUGGCUUGUGGACGUGUACUCUUGGACAGAGGAUGCUGUGGAGUGGUAUACUUGGACAGAGGGGUGGCGGUGGAACGUGGUAUACUUGGAAAGAGGGGUGGUGGGUGGACGUGGUAUACUUGGACAGAGGGGUGCGGUGGAUUGUGGUAUAACUUGGAC